AUGUCGUGGAGAAAGCCAUUCAGCGAGCGCGCUGGCACUGUGGUUGAAGCACAGGUAGAUCAUGGGGAUGUGAGGUAUAUCGGCGAAACAGGAGGCAACGAUGCUCCGCCUACAUACCAAGACGCCUCUGGUGCUCCAAUCGAGCACAAGUCUCCCUUGGGAUAUUCCGUCGGUCCUGCCACAAUCACCUUGCUGAACAUCACCAUGAUGAUUGGCGCUGGUAUCUACUCUACGCCAUCGUCGAUUCUAUCCGGCACUGGCUCAGUUGGUGUCAGUUUUGUUUAUUGGACCAUUGGCUAUCUAAUGUGUCUCGCCUCUGGAUCUGUCUAUCUCGAAUACACAGCAUACUUUCCCAGUCGAUCCGGUUCAGAAGUUGUGUUCCUUGAACAAACAUACCCUCAUCCAAUGUGGCUUUUUCCAACCACCUUUGCGGUCCAGAGUGUUAUUCUUUCGUUUGGAAGUGCCAAUGCUACAGUCAUGGCCAAAUAUCUCAUCAACAUCUCUGGUCAUGCCGGUACCAACUGGCAAAUCAAAGGAACGGCUCUGGCCUGCUACAGUCUGGCUACCCUGGACACUGACGAGGCUACAGUCCUAGUGUUCAACACGAAAUACGCAUUCUGGUUUUCAAAUGCCGUGGGCAUUGUCAAGAUCUGUACCAUUAUUUUUGUUAUUAUCACGGGAUUUGUUGUUUUGGGCGGCCAUACCAAAGUCGAGAACCCUACAGCCAACUUUCACGAUGCGUGGUCGGGGAGCUCUACAGCUACUGCGUACGGCUUGACUACUGCCUUGUACCGUAUCAUCUUCUCAUAUGGGGGUUACUAUAAUGCCUUCAAUUGUGCUAACGAGAUCAAGAAUCCCGUCAGGUCACUUAAAAUUUAUGCUACAGCUGCUCUGACUGCGGUGUAUGUCUUAUAUAUGUUCGCAAACGUCGCGUUCUUUGCUGCUGUUCCCAAGCACGAACUGGAAAAUUCCGACCUCACUACAGCAAGCCUAUUCUUCUCAAAAGUUUUUGGCGAUAGCGCUGCAGUCCGUGGCCUCAACUUCCUGAUUGCCUUGGCUUCAUUCGGAAACAUGAUAGCCGUGAUCGUUGGCCUGUCUCGUCGCAUCAGGGAAUGCGGACGACAGGGAGUCCUGCCUUGGACCAAGUUCUGGGUGUCGACUAAACCAUUUGGGACUCCCUUGGGACCGUACGCUGUCAUUUGGUUUCUGACCAUUCUAAUGAUCCUCGCUGUUCCUGCUGGAGACGCGUUUACUUUCGGUGAGUUUUCCACCCAACUAUGUAUGAACGAGCCUACGGUCCUGAUUCCUGAGGCAGUCAAUGAUCUGAGCACCAUCCCUAGUGCCGCCUUCAACCUUUCAAUGGCUGUGGGUGUCUAUGUUAUUCGCUGGCGCCGAAAGAAGGCCAAUCUCCCCGAGCCUGAAUUCAAGGCUUGGAACGUCGUGGUUAUCUUUAAUAUGCUAGUUCAGCUCUACCUCCUUGUAAUGCCGUGGUAUCCUCCCGCUGGUGGCCGGGAUGCCGGUGAUGUUAGUUUCUGGUACGCCACAUACGCCGUAACAGGCAUUGGCAUCCUCGCGAUGUGCGGCAUAUACUACGUCCUCUGGGCGUGGCUCAUCCCGAAGUGGAGCGGAUACACACUGCGACAAGAGGUCAUUAGUUUGGAGGACGGGGCUCAGAGCAAGCGACUCAAGAAAGUUCCUAAUGCUGAGCUCGCGGAAUGGGAUGCGACGCAUGAUGCAGCCGGUCGUCCCAUCGAUGUCCCUGUCGAGGAAAUUCAAGUUCAGGAAAAGAACCAGCAACUUUUGUAG